AUAGUUUAAGUUUGGUAACAUUUUUAGAAAGAGGUGUCUUAUGAUAUUGCAGGCAUUGAAAGGAAUGCUGAGCUGAGAAGUGGCGGAUGGAGUUCAGUGGGGAAAUUUGUGUUCAGUAGCUGUGAGGUAAUGUUGCAGCUCUAUACAACUGAUUAGAUCACAUGUGGCAUAAGCAUUCAGUUCUGGUUGCUUCAUAGAAAGGAUGUGAAAACUUUAGAGGGGGCAGAGAUUUACCUGGAUGUUGCUGGGAUUUGAGUGCAUGUCUUGUAAGGAAAGGUUGAAUGAGUUUAGGGCUUUUCUCCUGGGAGAAAGAGGAUGAGAGAUAAAUUGAUAGAGGUGUAUAAGAUGCUGAGGUAUAUAGUCAGUGGCAAGGGCUAAUACAAGAGGGUAUAAUAUUAAGGUGAUUGAAAAGUAUGGGUGGGUGACACCAGAGGUUUAUUGUGAUAAAUGCAUAGAGAAUACUGCCAGGGGUGGUGGUAGGGACAUGUAAGAGACUUCCAGAAUGGCACAUAGAAGAAAGAAAAUGGAUUGAUCUUUGAAUAGGUUAAAAGGUCCAUACAACUUCGUGGGCAAUUUCCAGUUGGUUGCAAAUACAGCUGCCACUGGUUGCUCAGUGCGUUUUGGCUGUUGUACCUAAAAUGUGUGUUCUGCCAGUGAAAGCGAUAACUUCAGCUGUCUCUCGCUCUCCAGCGCUUUUCUUAACGUUCUUUGAGCUUCCCGAUUGAUCCUGCACCCGAAACAAAAGGAUGUUUUGCUUUACAAGUUUUGGCGUUUUUAAAUUUUAAAAAUGAAGCCAAAUAAGUUUAAACCUGAUCCUUAGCAGAGGGGAAAAUGCAGUUUAUUUAUUCUAUGUGGAAAGUGUGAAUAAACGAGUCCGUAUAUCUCCCAAAAUGCUCGCACCGGGAAGCAAAAAGUUGGCAGGUCGCUGAUAGACGAGUUGCCGUGGAGACGGGGAAUGGCGGAAAGCUCUGCGGAACUAUGGGUGCAGUGGGAAGGCAAAUCCGACCUCUUUCGGUGACGGCUGGCUCUGCAAUGGCGGCACGGGGAGCUCGCUGGGCAAUAAUUCCAUAUGGACUAACCAUUGGAGUAAUGUUCCCUUACUGUGAUGGUUCUCAUAGGAAACAUAAUUCAAUAGCCAGAGAUAACGUUGGACCUUUGAUCAUAACAAAAAUGUUUGGGUCAGAGCAUACUCUGUUUCUCCAGCACUAAAGUGGAAAAUAUUUGAGUCUGGUUCAAUGCACAUGAAGUUUUAUAUUUCACAAAUUAAUGUAGUGUAAUUUUUGACUUUUCAAAGUUUAAUGGUUAUUUUGAAAAUAAACUUUUGUUGAAUGAUC